ACCAAAGGCCCGCUACAACUUCACAAUUUCCAAGACAAAGACUAUGGACCUCCCUCCAGAGCUAUAUGGCGAGUAUUCGCAGCCAAGUCCCAAAUAUUACUGGAAUCCAUCAGAAUAUGACAGCCCGGAGAACUUCCUGUGUUGUCCCCAUGCCCGCUCUCGCGAAGGUUGGCUCGACGUUGAGACCCUGCGGAGUCUCCGAUUGACUUCGAAAGCUUUCAAUCAAGCAGCUACCUCGAUACUCUUUCGCUCCGUCCGAAUUUUGUGCCGACCUGGUCUAGAGAACGAGGUUACAGGCUUUGAUUCAAUGGUUGAGAGUCUGUUGGUGCCAAGAGCGACUUUCGAACCUUCCGUCAAGUCGUUGCGUAUUUUCUUGCGCAAUCAUCACGUGCAGAGAGGAUUUCUCCAUGACACGAGUUGGAACUUUGUCGAUGACAAGAAUGCCAUGAUCGCUUUCAUUGAUAAAAUGCCCCGCGUCACCAAGAACCUAUCACAGCUUGAAUCCUUACAAAUCUUCUUCCCUACUUGGUCAAGUAAAUAUAGUGAUAUGGACGACGGCACAGUGCAAUUGGACCUCGAUCUCCUCUCGCAUUUCAGAGCGACGAUCUCUACCGCUUUAUCAGCCACUCCACUUUCGAAUUUGACUGAGCUGCGUCUGUCUUUGCCAUGUACACAUGACUUCGUGGAAGUCUCGACUACGGUUCCAGACUCACUCCUUGCCCGACUAAAAGCUCUCUUUCUCUCAGUCACAGAUGCAACUGGCCCAGGAGGUAGAAAAGAAUACCUCUACUGGGCCGAUGAGACCACAGACGGAGACGACGGCUUUCCGCACUCGAACUUACAGCAACAAUAUCCGAACACGGGUCACAUGCAAGGGAUUUUUGCCAUCGUGUCACGAUGCCACAAUCUGGAGACUCUAGGACUUCAAGGGACGCAGCUUCUAGAUGGGGAUCUCUUAGAAUGGAGUCCUGCGUCUUCCGGUCUUCAAAGUCUCUUCCUCGAGCGCGUGAAAUUCAGCUCUUCGAAUCUCAUCAAGCUCUUCUCGCCAAACAAAUCGCUUGAAAUCAGCAAGUCACGUCUUAUGAGGAUCUGGCUCGAAGUCGUGGAUCUCACGGCCGACUUUUGGGAAGAAGUAUUCUCUCAUCUACUUCUCUGUCCCAAGCUGGAAUUCGUCCAUCUUGAUGAAGUAUCGUAUGCUCGUGGUAGUGAGAAUUUCGACUUGAAGCUGUGGUUCGGGAGGCCGUGGGAGGACUCAACGGAGUUGAUGAGUACGAGGGAAGAGGACGAGGAAGCUAUGUUGGCAGUUAGGGAUUAUUUGGUAGGAAAAGCUGGAGGUAGCGAGGCGUAUUCAGAGAAGUUUGGUGAAAGGUAUGGACUCCAGCCGGACCAAUAA